CAAAUCUCAGAAAAAGGUCCAGUUGAAAAUAAAAUUGAAAAAAAGUACCCUUUCUCAUCUGUAUGAUACUAUUUUCAUAAUGAACACAUAGGUUUAUAUAAAGAACAGUAUGCAAUGUAGUGAGAGAGACCAUGGGUUAUCACUAUGCUGAUAAGAAUGAGAAAGCAGACUUUGGCUGUGUUGGUGAUAAUAGGAGCCUUUCCAACAUGUAUUUUGGUUUACUUAGCUUUAACAACUGAUGAAAUCCCUAAAUAUGACGGCCAAGCUGGGCAGAUUUUGGAGUCCAGACUUGCACAGAGAUUGAAAGAAGCAGAUCAAGAAAAUAAAGUCCUCAGAAAGCAACUCAGUAAAACAAGAAAUAAACUAAUGGGCCUACAGAUGAGUAUAGCUGUACAGAAUGGAACAACAUAUAAUGGUAAUAAAACCCUAAUAAAAUGUCUUAAUGCUGAACUGGAAAUACCCAAGUGUGAGGUAAUACAUAUAGCCAUUGUUUGUGCUGGUCACAGUGCCACACGGAGUGUUGUCACAUUGAUUAAAAGUGUACUGUUUUACAGAAAGAAUCCUCUCCACUUCCACUUUAUAUCAGAUCAUAUAGCUGAACUUAUUUUGACCCGGCUGUUUGAAACAUGGAAUGUUCCUGAAGUAAAUUUCAGUUUUUACUCAACAGACAAAGUACAGGAAGAUGUAGUAUGGAUAUCCAACAAACAUUACUCUGGAGUAUUCGGUCUGAUGAAGUUAACAUUACCAAAAACUUUACCACAAAAUCUCACCAAGGUUAUAGUAUUAGAUACAGAUGUGACAUUUGCUACAGAUAUAGCUGAGCUGUGGAAGAUAUUCAGCAUUCUAAAGGGCAAAAAGGCUAUUGGACUGGUAGAAAACCAAAGUGACUGGUACCUUGGUAAACUUUGGAAGAAUCACAGACCAUGGAGAGCUCUGGGAAGAGGUUUCAAUACUGGAGUUAUCUUACUUGACUUACAAAAGUUACGUGAUAUGGGAUGGAUGGAAUUAUGGAAUAAAAUAGCACAAGAAGAAUUACAAACCAUGUUAUAUACUUCAUUAGCUGAUCAGGAUAUAUUUAAUACAGUUUUAAAACUUCAUCCCUAUCUAUUGUAUCAGUUACCUUGUCAAUGGAAUGUACAACUAAGUGAUAACACUCGUAGUGAACAAUGUUACAGUGAAAUCUCGGAUCUCAAGAUAAUCCACUGGAAUUCACCAAAGAAAUUAAAAGUCAAAAUAAAACAUUUGGAAUUUUUCCACAAUUUGUAUCUGACAUUUCUGGAGUAUGAUGCUAAUCUGCUGAGACGUGAAUUGUUUGGAUGUGAUAACACUCAAGAAAACCCUAUUGAACAACAGUUGAGUGCUUUGAAUGAAGACGAUGAAUGUUAUGAUUUUCGUAGAGAACGUAUACUUGUACACCGUACACAUUUGUAUUAUCUUGACUACGAUUACCAACCAACAGAAUGGGAUGUGACAUUAGUGGCACAACUAAGUAUGGACAGACUUCAGAUGUUAGAGACAAUCUGUAGACAUUGGGAAGGCCCUAUCAGUCUAGCUCUUCACAUGUCUGACGCAGAGGCUCAACAGUUCUUACGAUAUGCUCAGGAAUCAGAAGUAUUGAUGCAGAGGAAAAAUAUAGGAUAUCAUGUUGUGUACAGAGAUGGGCAAUAUUACCCAGUGAACUAUUUACGUAAUGUAGCUUUAAAACAAGUCAAUACACCCUAUGUGUUCCUAUCUGAUGUAGAUUUCCUACCCAUGCAUGGAUUGUAUGAAUAUUUAAAGAAAGCAUUACCACUGAUGGAUAUGGAAAACAGCAAAAAAGCAUUAAUUGUUCCAGCAUUUGAAACACAAAGAUACAGAAUAGACUUUCCGAAAUCCAAAGCAGAAUUACUGACACAGUUAGACAUGGGUGAUCUCUUCACAUUUAGAUUUCAUGUGUGGCCAAAAGGACAUGCACAGACUAAUUAUGCCAAAUGGAGGAUUUCUACACAGCCUUACAAGGUUGAAUGGAACCAUGAUUUUGAACCUUAUAUAGUAGUUGGUAAAGACAUUCCAAAGUUUGACCAAAGAUUUGUUGGGUUUGGAUGGAACAAAGUCUCACACAUAAUGGAGUUAGAUGUUUUAGGAUAUGAGUAUUACGUCUUACCAAAUGCCUUUAUGAUCCACAUGCCUCAUGCUCCUAGUUUUGACAUUGCUAAAUUUAGAUCAAGUUCUAACUACAGAAGAUGUCUUAAAUUGCUGAAAGCUGAAUUUAAACGAGAUUUAUCACUGAAGCAUGGACUGAAAGCUUUAAAAUAUUUGUCAAAUGAUUGAUCUAACAUGAAACAGAAGCCAAUGUUAAAUGAAAAGUAAAGAAUGAAAAGAUGUGGAAGAAUAUAUAAUUUUAAUUUUAUUAAUCCAGUCCAACAUUAGUUCAGACUGUAACAAGGGCAGCUUUUAAAAAAACCUUUUCAAAGGCAGACCAGACAAAUGUUAUUUAUAAAGUUUUGAAUAGGAAGUAGGUGUGACUUAUAAUAGAGGAGAGAUCAAUAAGAAAAAUACAUUUUUGUAUAACUAAUCAUUAUUGGAGAACUUCUGCAUACUACUGAAAAAAUUAUUUGCAAGUAUUUGCGACAUCUACAACAAAGAAGUAAUACUAAAAACUUAGUAGAAAAGUGUAACAACGAGCAAUAAUUGAUACAAAUCAUAUUCCAUUGUUUCAUAGGAGAGAAGUGAUUGCAGCAUUUGAUUAAAAGUUGAAUAGUGUGAUGGUUGUUCAUUAUAAAAAUAGAUUGAAUAUGAAAGUGCAAUAAGUGUUUGUGAAAAAGACUAUCUAUUAUAUAGAUAAAGAAAAAGCAUUUAUGAAUGAUAAAUGUGUAAUUUUAAUAACUGUGUUUUUGCAUUAAAUUUCUGCAUUUUAGUCAUUUUACUGAUAUUUAUGUGUUUUUGACUCUUUUCGUGUGUUUAUUUAUAUUGUAUGUUAUAUUUGAUAUAACUUAGUGUUUUGUAUGCAUAUCUAUAGGUAUAGAUCUGUACAAUUGAAUCUGAAGAAUGUUUUUAUGUGAGGUUUUGGAAUUUGUGUCAGUUGUUCGGACUCCUUGUUUUUUACCUACUAAAUAGGGUAAAAUAUUUUGACCCAUAACACCCAUUUGUCUUUUCAAAUAAGACUUCAAUAGCCCUUAAAAGGUACAUAACCAAAAUUUAAGCAGGCUCUUUUGAUUUAGACCCAAAUAAUAUCAAUGCAAAUAUAAGGUAAAAGCCAGAGUCAGCCAUCCAGUUCGUCCAUAAAACUGUUGUAUGAAGAAAAGAAAUUCAUAAUUGAGGUAGGAACACAGCAGGUAUUAUCAAAUUGAAGGACACCUUGAUAAAGUAAAUAAAUACAGAGCACAGAAAGUUGUGUACAUGAUAGUUCACAUUCUUGCUACUUCUGAGUAACUUCCCACUGGACAUUACUCGGAGUAAUAUCAGUAUCACCAUCUAAGGGCAGAUAUAUUCACAGAUGUCUUAAAGAUAUAUGUUUUGUGUAGAUUUUGUUACUUGCAAUGUAUUGCUGCACCAUCGUUGUUAACCCCACAUUUGCUAAAUAGUAGUCAUAGUUAAUAGCCAGUCAGAUGUUUUAUUAAAUUUUUAUAAUAAAUAGUUGAAAAAGAAAAAAAAGUCUGCCAUGCAUGUAAAUGUGAAGAAAAAUGAAGAAACUGGAGAAGUCUUUUCUGGCAUAAACAUGUCGCACAGUAACUUGAGAACAACUUAUCCAAUUUUCAUGAAACUUAAUAUAGUUGUUUCUUAUGAUGGUCAUAUAUGAUCUGUAUACUUUUUGCAGAAAAUAAGAUUUAAACUUUUUGAAUUACAGCACUUUGUAACUGAAACGGGUGUGUGUAUUUUUCACAUGUUGCACUGUCAAAAUCAUCUUGAUUAUGGCUGAAAACAUUACACAUGUCUUUUUUAUAUUAAUUUUAAGAUCUGUAUACUUUUUGGUGAUGAUUCAAAAUUUCAUUUUAGACUUAUUGAGUAUUUUGUAAAAAGGGGGAGUUUUUUUUUACAUGUUGUGCCGUAUCUCAAAAACAAUUUAUGAUUUUUGCUUAAAACUUUACACACUUUUUUGUUAUACUAAUCUAAAGAUCUGUAUUCUUUUUGGUGAUGAUUCAAAAUUUUAUUUUUGAGAUAUUGAGUAUUUUUUUAUAAAGGUUUUUUUUUUUACAUGUCAUGCUGUAUCUCAAAAACAAUUUUAUGAUUAUUGCUUAAAACUUAACACACACUUCUUUGUUAUAUUAUUCUUAAGAUCUGUAUACUUUUUGGUUUUGAUUCAAAAAUUUAUUUUAGUGAUAUUUAGUUUUUUGUAAAAAAAAACAGGGUGGGGGGUUUCACAUGUCUCGCCGUGUCUCAAAAACAAUAUAUGGUUAUUGCUUAAAACUUUCUCAGAAACUUUUAUGAUUAUUGCAUAAAACUUGCACACAAGACGUUGGGCGUAUUAUGCGCUCAUGGUGCAGCUGUUUAUUAAAACAAGGAAAAAAUGAUUGACCAGACAAAAUUAUAACCUGCCAAAAUGGUACUCCAUACAAACAAUAUUGAUAAUAAUUUGUUUUGACAAAACAUUUUUAUUGCUAUACUAACUCUGCUCCAAAGGAGUCAGUCUUGCCUUAGAUCUGUCUGUGACACAUUUGGCUAAGCAGCUGCAUAUAAGAACUUCUUGAUAUUUUCAACAAAGCUUCAUUUUGAUAACCUUUAAGUUUGUUGGGCAUCCAAAUUGUUUUGCAUAUUUAUUACUUUUCGCUCAUUUUGUAUAAAACGAAUAGUGCUAUUAUAGGUGUAAACUGAGUUUUCUUUAGGCUGUAUAAAAACCAAAUGUUUGUCAUUAAAAAGGUUGUUUAUAGUUCUGUGAUAUAAUUUUAUGUACAAUUUGUCUGAUUUUGUAUUGGACAUUUGGAUUUUUAUUUGUAUGAAUGACUGAUUUUCAUCUUCCAUUCAUUUUCAUAGUUGAACCAGUUACAAAUGUAGUAGAACAUUUAUCUUAUCAGUUUCUUACAGAAUACAGAGAUUGUAAAAUAAUUGAAAUAGAUUAGUAUAUCUCAUUGACUCUUUUAAAAAAAUCAGUUUAUUCCUUUGGUUGUGCCUAGUCAUUCACAAAAAUAAUAUUUUAAUUAACACUGAAUAUAUAUAUAUAGAAAAGAAGAUGAGCACAGAUGAUUGACAGGAUAUUCAUUGAAUUCAACUCUGAAGAAAAGUAAACAAAAAGAUUUACGUUUUUUUCUAUCAUUUGAAAAAGAUAUGUUGGUUAUUAAAAUACUUUGGAGUAAUUUUGCAAACAAAACUUACAUCUUAAAAGGUGAACUGGUAAAAGCAUUUCUUUUCUUCAACAAGAUAUUAGAUUGAAAUUAAAAAUUAUUCAAUGCUUUUUACCACUGUUCAUCUGCAAUGUGGUUGUUAACUUUAAAGUAAAGAUAUUAAAACAAAC